AUGUCUAGUAAAUCAUCAGGAUCAGCACAGCUGAGGUCUCUCAAGAUUAUGGGAGAGGACGUGUGGAAAAAUAGAACAGAGAAGGUUAACGCAGAACUCUUUACUUUAACAUACGGUUCCAUUGUAUCACAACUUUGCAUAGACUAUCAACGAGAUUUCCAAAAAGUUAACAAACAGUUAUUUAGUAUGGGUUAUAAUAUAGGAGUAAGAUUAAUUGAAGAUUUCUUAGCAAAAACAGCAUUGCCUCGUUGUGAAAAUAUGGUGAAAACGAGUGAAGCCAUAAGUAAAUGUGCAUUCAAAAUUUUUCUUAAUAUGACACCACAAGUAACUAAUUUUUCACCUGAAAAAGAUGCAUUUUCUCUCAUCAUUGAUGAAAAUCCACUGAGCGAUUUUGUUGAAUUACCUAUGGAUGCAAUGAAACAAUUGUGGUACUCUAAUAUUUUAUGUGGAGUAUUGAAGGGUGCAUUGCAAAUGGUUCAACUAGAGUGUGAUGUAUGGUUCAUAUCAGACGUGUUAAAGGGUGAUGCGCAUACUGAGUUAAGAAUAAAACUAAACAAGGUUUUGAAGGAUGAAAUACCCAUUGGUGAAGAUUGA